CGACUCCGGGCUUCUCGAGCAGUAUAAAGCUUUGGGCAUUAUUGUAAAUUACAGACACGAGUUUUACCCAAGAACAAAGCAGUGGAUUUUUUUUUUUUUUUAACUUCCUGAAAUAAUCUGAACGAAGAUCCCCUUAUUAUUCCAAUACAUUUGUUGGAAGGAGAACGCCAGAAACAAAGAAAAUGAGCAACGAUACUGAAGUGGACAUGAAAGACGUGGAGCUCAACGAGGUGGACCAGGAGAAGCAACCCAUGACAGUGGGAGAGUCUGGAAAUAACGAUGCCAUCUCACCUGUGACUGAGAAGAACGGAAUCGUGAAAGUGAAGAUUCCAGAUGAGGAGACCAAGUUCACUGGCCUAUCCAAAGAAGAGCUCUUGCAAGUUGCAGGAACACCAGGGUGGGUUAGAGUACGUUGGGCACUUCUGAUUCUGUUCUGGCUCGGUUGGCUUGGCAUGCUGGCUGGUGCCAUUGCCAUCAUUGUUCAAGCUCCUCGCUGCAAGCCAAUCCCUGAGAUGAACUGGUGGAACUAUGGACCUCUGUAUCAGAUUGGAGAUGUUAACGCAUUCACAGAGUCUCCAGGCCUUUUAGGUCUGGCAAAUAAGAUUGAGAAGAUGGAUGAGUUGAAAAUGAAGGGUCUGGUCAUAGGCCCUGUCCAUGUGUCCACUGCUGACGAACCUAAAGAUCUGAAGUUGGAUGAGAUUUCUACAAAGGCUGGUACUUUGGAGGAAUUUAAAAAAGUCAUUCAGGCUGCACACAAGAGGGGUAUAUAUGUGGUUUUGGACCUGACCCCCAACUAUAAGGGAUCAGAGCCUUGGUUCACAAAGGAAGCUAUCAACACUGUGGUGGUGGAACUUAAGCCUGCUCUGAUGCACUGGCUAAAGGAAGGUGUGGAUGGAUUUCUCUUCUACGGUGUUGAAAAGGUUUCCGCUGAAGAGCCAUCUCUUUGGAGUGAUGUCGAAGUCAUUAUCCACAAUCAGACUGAGGGAGAAACGAAAAAGGCCUUAAUUGGCGUUACAGAUCAGUCCUCUCCUGAUGACAUAGCUGCGGUGUUGAACAGCACUGGUGUGGACCUACUCCUCUCUGGUGCUCUAAGGUCCAAAUCUGCUCUGGAAAUUGCCCACACUGUUGAUCGCAUGUAUUCCACUCACAAUCAGUCCCAGCUGGCUUGGAACAUAGGUGGACGCAUCACUGGACACCUGGCCUCACUAGUGGGGCUUGCCCAUGUCAAGUUGUACCAGCUGCUGCUGCUCACCCUGCCUGGCACACCAGUGUUUAAUUAUGGGGAUGAGAUUGGACUGCAAGAUGGGUCCACCAAAAACCCGACAAUGGUGUGGGACUUCUUGUCGCAAGAGAUAAAUGAGACUUCAAAGAGCGAGCUGGAGGAAAUGGGCUCUUUCCGUGUGUUCUUCAAGGCCGUGAGCGAAAAAAGAAUGAAAGAGCGCUCUCUGCAGCAUGGAGAAUACUUGCCUCUGUUCAACUCAACCUCUGCCUUGGCCUAUGUGCGUAGGUGGGACCAAAAUGAACGCUACCUGAUUGCACUCAACUGGCACUCGAAUGACACGGUCACUCUUCCGCUGCAGCACGCUGAGCUUCCUGAGAAAGUUACAGUAGUGUUCAGUACUACCAAUAAGAUGGCUGCUGGUGAUAUACUUAACCUGGCAGCGCUAGAGUUGGAGCCAGAACAGGGUGUAAUGCUGAAGUUUCCUUACACAGCCUAAAGACAAGUUGUUAACUUGAAGUUGGUGUGUGAGUAUAUAUUUAUAUGGAUAAAAAAUGUUUGAUAGGGCACCCUGUUACAAUAUUGUUUUUUUUUUUUUACACAUACACUGGCAGACAGUAUUAGGUUGUGCUUUUAUUUUAUUUUUUUUAACAUGCAUCAUAUGUGCUACUUGACUACUAAAUUGAGGUAAAGAAGGUAGUUUUAUUUUGCUGUUACUUGGAAUACAUUCCAUAGGAAAACAUGUUUGGGGUUUUAUUUUAGUUUUAAGGUGUGAUGUUACUGCACAAAAAAAAAGAAAAAAAAAUGAUAACCGUUCAAAUUCCAUAGAGAAAACGGUAAAUGGCUGUUUCUUUUGUGUCCUGAGAAAAAAAAAUGCAUGAAAAUGAAAGCUGUGGACAAUAAACUAAGUGGAGCAGAUUAUCA